UCCUCUCUCUCUCACUCUUUCUCCUCUCUCUUUCUCUCUGAAGAAGAGCCAAUAAGAAAGAAAAUGGAUCAUACUGAGGCAGCCAAUUCUAACAGUAACUCAACUUCUCCUUCUUCUUCAUCUUCCCCGCCGCCUCCACUGCCACCAGCGGUGGUUCUUAGGCCUUGCGCGGCUUGUAAGAUUCUCAGGCGAAGAUGCGCUGAGAAAUGCGUCUUGGCUCCGUAUUUUCCUCCGACUGAACCGGCAAAGUUCACAAUUGCUCAUCGCGUGUUCGGUGCUACCAAAAUCAUUAAGUUCUUACAGGAACUACCAGAAUCUCAAAGAGCUGAUGCAGUGAGCAGCAUGGUUUAUGAGGCAAGUGCAAGGAUCAGAGAUCCUGUUUAUGGCUGUGCUGGGGCGAUUUGCCAUUUUCAGAAACAGGUUAAUGAGCUCCAAGCACAAUUAGCUAAAGCGCAAGCUGAGCUUGUUAAAAUGCAAUGCCAGCAAGCUAAUCUUGUGGUACUUUGCAUGGAAAUGGCACAAUCUCCUCAACAAUCGUCGGAACAAUCAGUCGACAACUUCAUUAGCACCCCACAGAGCUAA